AUGGGAAACGCGUCUCGUAAACAUCAUCGUAAUAAAACCGAUAAUUUAUCAAUAUGUACAUCGGGGAAUGAUGACAAUUCAUCCCAAACAGAUAGUAUUUGUUCCCACAUUAAAUAUAUAGGCGGAAGGCCUUAUUUUGAAGAAGAAAUAUCUUCAUACGUUCUUCCUACAGAUUGGGAAGAAUCGGACAGAAUUCAAAUGGAACAUUUUGCAAUGAAACAUGCUUUUGGUGGUAAUUAUGCUGCUCCACUUUCUGAAAUUAUAAAACCCGGAAGUAAUUAUCUUUUAAACACUUAUGAAAGCACUUAUGAAACUCAAGAAUUUCCUGAUGCAAAUGUAUAUGGAAUAGAUAUUGCUUCAACAUUUCCAGCUAGCAUAAAACCUCAAAAUUGCCACUUUCAAACAUGCAAUAUAAUCGAUCGUUUUCCAUUUAAAGAUGAAGAAUUCGAUUACGUUUUUAUGAGGUACAUGAUAUUUGCCUUAAAAGAUCAUCAAUGGAUACAUGUAUUAAAUGAAAUAAAAAGGAUUUUAAAGCCGGGUGGUGUUUUUGAAUGUGUAGAUCGGGAUGUGCUUCGUGA